AUGUUAGGCCAAGAGGAUAUCGUGAUCAACAGUAUCAAAAGCUUUCCACAUAAAUCGCAUGAAACACAGUAUCUUGAAGGAGAACUAUCUCUGACGCUUAAAACAGUUCACUGUAAUACGCCAGACCUAUUAUUGGUGAAAACAGAAUCAGAGAACGAAGGUGUGUUUUCACCAGAUAUCCACUGCCUGCUGCAGACAGUGUUCACGCCAACCAUGGAGGCGUACAAGUACUGGGUGUGUUCGCAACUCUUCCCAUAUUACGACAACGGCAGACAUAUCAAGCCUUGUCGACGAUUCUGCCACGAGGUGGAGCAGAAGUGCCCUUACCUCCUACCCAAGGAUAAACCUGUUGCUGGAGAACCUACUUUCCUAUGUGAAGAUCCCGCUAUCGGUGAGCUGGAGAACCAGGAGUCGUCUUACGGCAAGGAUUCGUGUUGUUACAAGUUGUCCACGCAUCCCACGCCCAUGUGCAGCCUCAACGAGAACCCAGCGGAGCACCAAACCCCCGUCCUCAGCUCCACUUGCCCCACCACUUCCGGCACCCAUGAGCGCCCAUCUGAUAACCAGUGUCUUUCAGCCAUUGGCGCGGACCCUAGUUUACGUCAGUCUCACUCUAGCACAGCUGCUCCCUCAAGCAGUGGCAGCUGUUCAGUUAUAUCUAGAAAACAUUGUUGGACUCGUACAGCGUUAUCUAUAUUGUUGUUAUGUCUAGUGCGAACUCGUGUGUGGCUGCCUCGGGGAUUUACCUAGUGACUAGCGUCCAUGUCAUGUGUUGUUCAGAGGCCGUGCGAGGCGACCACGCCUGCACAGUUGUUACCGUUGAACUCAUGUUCCCUUCUGUGCGCCAGUGUACCUCGGUGUCCCUUUCUCUAUACCUUUACACCGCUCCGAGUACAUAAAUUGUCCCCACACUUCCCUUUACCGACCCACACUCCAUACCGGCCAAAAAUCCUUUAUCAUAUGUCUCUUUUAAGAGUUCAUACAAAAGUAUGAGAGCCAUUUCCCUCCUCCCAUCCUUCCGCUCUCUUCGCCUGGGCCCUGCGUAAAGCCCGGACCAAUUCAUUUCAUUCCUUUUAAAAUCCAUUCUUGGUAUUGACCUUUGUCAUUCACUUUGGUAUUGUUAGGAACAAGUGCAUUUCCAUGGUCGGUCGGUGAUGAAAUUUUUCGAUAAUUUAAUACUUUGGAGAAUGAACGCUCACAUUUCCCAUUCUUUGAUCUUGAUAUCGUUACUGUUCUUCCUUUUGUUGGCCGGCACUGAAUCAAGUUAAAAGUACUCUAGUACAUUCACACUCAGUGGCUUGCACUCUAUUUUAAGUUUCGUAGAACGGUUAUGUAGUCUGUAAUCAAACACUCAAAUAUGUUUACAAGAUUCCGAUGCAAAGUUACCCGAAUAUUUAUUUGUCACAUCCAGUAUAUAAACAUUUAAUGAUUUGUAAAUAGUCCAUUUGUCUCCGAUCUGAAAUCAAUCGUCCCAUUCACUCGUUUUCCUUUUAUUUUGUCUCCGAACGCUUUA